ACCCCUUUGGAAGGCUAGCCGGGGAUGGGUGCUGGAGAAGGUCAUGAGGAGGGUCGAGCUACCUCCGCACGUGUCGAGGCACAGGCCUCCGUGGGACAAGGCCUGUCAGCAGGGUCGAAGGGGGGCAAGGGUGCGGUCGGGUCGGGAACGUCUUCGAGCGGCACAGCCCCUCUCGACCUGCGCCAGCACCUGUCUCUCACUCGCACGGCGCAAAGGUUAGGCCGUCGGCCCAGCCACUCGUCAGGCUCUCUCGUCCCAGGAGAGCCCACCGAAGAAGCAGAUUCUUCCGCAGGCGUGGGCGGCAGCACGCAAGGAGGCGGCGGCGGCGUAGCCGGCGACUCGGAUGUAGCAUCUCCCCCUAAUGUUCUGGGAAGUCGCUCGGGAUUUGGUGUACAAGAAACCCAGGGGAUAGAGCCAGGACCCACAGGGGCGAGAGAAGACGGUGGUGGUGGGGUUGUCGGGGAAGGAAUCAAGGGCUGCGCAGAAUGGACAGUUUCCUUCUCGGGGUCCCUGCGGCAAGGAAUCAUGACGGUACAAGUGUGGGGGGGGCACAAGGCCAGGGGAGGUGUGUAGGUGGUAAGGUUGCACGGGGCGAGGUUAUCUUGUCGUAACAGGCGUGCUCUGCUCUCGGGGACAGUGUCGCUGCCGCCUUUCCUAGAAGUGUGCAGCUCACGUUCAGCUGCGCAUGCGUUAGUAGUUUUGUCUUUGAUUGCGUGCCAUCGUCGUUAUUCAGAGCCUGCCGAAUGAUACCCCGUUCGACAUGGUGAGCUUUCCGCGGUGGAAACUACUGUAGGGAGUUAUUUUCGAUGUAGCACUUGAACCAUUGCCAUGUUGCGGACGGAAGCUGUCUUGGGUGGAAGAAGCCACAACUGCUGUUUGCACACCCCACGGGCACGUAACACAUAUCGUCCACUCUCUGUGCGGUUCGUGUCCGGCGCGUGCACCGGUUGAUUCCCCCCGCCCCCAUCCAGACGGAACACGCGGUGUGCGUCGCCCCCCGCAACCUCGGUCUGGACGUACUGCCGUAAGGCCUGGAGGCGUUUUAUUGCCCCGGUCUUCCGGCCAGCGGAGAGGCCCCUCGUGCGUGUCCCCCUCCAAGCGGUGGGAAAUCAUCAUCGGGGGUGGGGAAAGGUGGCCGUGAAAGCGGAAGCAGUCGGGGGGACUGCUUUGGACCGGGCGUGCCGCCUCCUCUGCCUCGACUGUUCACGUUCGCCGCCCCCGGGCGUAGCGGCACUGGCAUCCUCUACGGCGCAUGCCUCUCGGUGUUCCGACCCGUGUCGCAGUGGGUAGGAGGCGAGCCUGCUGCCGAUGUUGCUGCACACAGAACCAACCGCGGUAGGUCGAAUUCGCCUCCCCCGUGUCCGACAACAACAGCGGCAGCGGCGACAGCAACAACCACGGCUGCGCCAGAUACGCAAGCACCUCUCGUGGAGGAAGAAAGCAAGGCUCGGAUCAAAGGCAUCACGGGUACCUCAUCUAGCCGUACGGAGACGGCCUCGCAUGUAGACGCUGGGGCUGCUACUGCUGCUUCUGUUGGAGAAGAGCGUGCUCCUGCUCGGUUGUCAGGCGUAGGAGAUGUUUCAGGAGUGUUGGACGGGGAGGUGCAGACUGUGGACGAUGGAGCGCAGGGCAACAUGGGGGACAACAAGGCGCCAUCUGAGGAAGGGGCGAUAGAAAAAGAGGACUUGGGGAAGCUGAGUGCUGAUGGUGGCGUCAGCUCGACAGCGGAGAGGGAGACCGACUCCGGUGUUGUCGAAGAUGCAGUGCUCGACGACGCGACCGAGGCAAGGGAGGCCGCCGUCGUUGGUGCUGCCGCUACGGCGCAGCAGAAGAAAGAGGUUGCGAACACGACCACCCUGGACAAGACCCCGUCCAUGCUCGAGAUGCUAAAGCUGAAGAAGGGCAUGGGGAUCUUCGGAAGGUCGUCAUCGGUGGGCCAGAAUAAGGUGUCCCCAAGCCCUACUUCAACAGCGCCGAUGUCUAGCCUACCGCCCUCCGUUACCACAACGGAAGUGGCGCCAGAGUCAGACACGGAGGAGUUGCGAGUAGAGGUCGACGGACAAGGGGCGGACGGAGCACCCGGUCGGCUCGAGGGCAGUGGCGGUACGGGCGCGGUAGCCAAGACAAAGACGACGGCAGCGGCGGCGGCUUCACCAUCCAUGAUGGACCUCUCGUCGAGGUUUAGGCUAGGCAUGGGCAUGUUCGGAAGCGGCAAGGCUUCACCGCGGGUGGUUACGGGGUCGGGGUUCAGCCGGAAGUUGGGCACACAAGCCGCCGCCGCCACCGCCGCCGCUGCUGCUGCCACUACUUCCCCGGCUGCGGGUAGUGCGCCUGUGGAAGCGUCGCCAACGCCGUCCUCGUCUUCUGGCGGUGUGGGGAAGUUUUCGCGCUACGCCCGUCGCGCUGGGAAUUCCUUAGGCUCCAAUUCCAGAAGAGUCGGUCGUUCCCCGCGGCCCACCCAGCCGCCGCAGUCCCCCGACGUGCUGCCCAACGGUCCAACACCGCCGUCACCUCUAGUCCCGGUCUACCUCUCCUCCCCACGGCCAGAAGCCGAAGCUGAUGACGCGGUGCUCCGACACGGCGACGCUACU